GAUAGUACUAUCAUCUUACUUUCCAGACUGAACUAUCGUGCGGGCUUGCUAUUUCUCUGGUGAUUGGCAGAAUAUCCUCGGAUUCCUACAUUUAUAUCACAUCAGCAGUGUCGUCAUCACGUCGGCGGAGAUAGCAGUUGCAAUACAAAGUACACCAUUGGACCUCCGCAUUCCCCUAUCAUGUCUCAAUCAUUGCGCCCUUACCUCCAAUGUGUCCGCUCGUCGCUGACCGCGGCUCUUGCGGUUUCCAACUUCGCUUCGCAAACGUCCGAACGACAUAACGUGCCGGAAAUCGAGGCUGCCACGUCCCCCGAACUCCUCCUCAAUCCCCUGACCGUUUCGCGCAACGAGAACGAGAGAGUCCUCAUCGAGCCCAGUGUCAACAGUGUCCGUGUGAGCAUCAGUAUAAAGCAGGCGGAUGAAAUCGAGCAUAUCCUUGUCCAUAAGUUCACGAGGUUCUUGACGCAGCGCGCGGAAUCUUUCUUCAUCCUGCGGAGGAAGCCAGUAAAGGGCUAUGAUAUCUCGUUCUUGAUCACCAACUUCCACACCGAAGCCAUGUUGAAGCACAAGCUUGUCGACUUUAUUAUCCAAUUCAUGGAAGAGGUGGAUAAGGAAAUCUCGGAGAUGAAGCUCUUCUUGAAUGCCCGUGCUCGUUAUGUUGCCGAAUCUUUCCUCGUACCGUUCGACUAAACUCGCCUACAAUCUGUUCUAUUCUGUUCCACGAAUGAUAACUCAGCGUCGAUUCUGUUGCUUGCAUGCGACUUCUGCGCAAGCGAUCUAGGCUGGUAAUGGGAACCAUACAUUUCGCAGCAGAUUACUAUGUUCCCUCUUAGAUCCUGAAGUCGUAACCCCGAAUUUGCAAUUCAACCUGUCCAUAAUUGUACCAAAUCCAACUAGUGGCAGGCAUCCUGUCUAAUUAUAAGCCAGUUAGUUUUGCCG